CUCUGUUUGCUUAGCCCCACGUGAUUGAGAAAUGGAAGAAAUGGGAGCGUGACGAGACGACGCUUUCUUCUCCCUUGAGCAGCAGGAGGGAGGGGGGCUGUAGCGAGAGAAUCCAGUCUCUCUUCCAUCACUCCUUCUCCCCUUUUUCUUCUAACGACGGGCAUCGAACGAGCGAACGCCCCCGCGCAUUCGUCGAUCCAAGAUCUGCAGAAUUUGGGGUUCCCCGGUUCCCAAAUCGCAAGGCUACAAUAAUCAGUUCCUUCCGUCUCUCCUUCACUGAUCGCCUGAGAACGCCGCAUCCGUCGAUCCGGGAUCUGGAACCCGCACAUCGCCGGCUAUCUAGCUAUUUCGGAGGAUUAUCUACUGGAGGAAAAGGGCGCAGAUGGGCACUUUUGAUGGAUUGCCUAUUUCUCGGGACAAAGCGUACUUGAGGGAAGAGCUUUCAGAGAUAGGUGAAAGUUGGGCUGCUGCACGUUUUGACUCCUUGCCACAUGUUGUUGAAAUAUUGACAUCAAAAGAUCGUGAGGGUAAAAUUAAAACUCUGAAGGAGAAAAGUGAUGUCAUUGAGGAAGUUGUCGAUGAAGUUGUACAUGCAUAUCAUAGUGGUUUCAACAAAGCAAUUCAGAAUUAUUCACAGAUUUUGCGAUUAUUCAGUGAGUCAGCCGAAAGUAUUACUGUUCUAAAGGUUGAUCUGGCUGAGGCAAAGAAGCGACUUGGUGCCCGCAAUAAGCAGUUGCAUCAGUUGUGGUAUCGGUCGGUUACACUACGUCACAUUAUUUCUCUGUUAGACCAAAUCGAGAAUAUUGCUAAGGUUCCUGGUAGAAUUGAGAAGCUGACACUUGAAAAGCAAUUUUAUGCCGCAGUUCAGUUGCAUGUCCAAUCUAUGUUGAUGCUUGAGAGAGAGGGUCUUCAGACGGUUGGUGCUCUUCAAGAUGUUCGAUCUGAGUUGACGAAGCUUAGAGGAGUUCUCUUCUAUAAAGUUCUGGAGGACUUGCAUGCACAUCUUUACAACAGAGGAGAAUACAGCUCGGCUGCCACAGACAUUGAUGAAAGAUAUGACGAGGUACCAUCUACUGCGGUGAUAACUGUCUCUACGAGUAACUUACAACCUGUCUCUCGGCGAACUCGAUUACUACGAGGUGAUAGCCACUUUAGCGGCCAAGGAACUGUAGAUGGAUCAUAUCGGUCAAGUUCAAUUGACGGAGGUUCUUCAUUUGAUGGUUAUGAAGAUGAGGGUGCUCUUGAACAUCAUAAUGAAAACUCAGAUGUGCAUCAUGCAUCAACAAGGGUCAAUGGUGAAAUUAAGAUUUUUUCUCGGCAGAUUCCGACAUGGCUUUCCCAGGCUACUCCAGAUGAAUUUUUGGAAUUUGUCAAAAAGAGUGACGCUCCGCUUCAUGUAAAGUAUUUGCAGACCAUGGUUGAAUGUCUCUGCAUGCUUGGUAAAGUUGCGGCAGCUGGUGCAAUUAUAUGCCAAAGAUUGCGACCAACAGUUCAUGAGAUCAUCACUUCCAAAAUCAAAGCUCAUGCAGCAUUAGUUGAUCCUUCAAGGCCUUUUACUGAACAUGCUGUCUUCGGGGCAGUGACAAGUCUGCAGUUGACAAUGAGAAAACUGGAACACUACCAAUUGCCAAAACAGAAGCUUCAGAAUGGGAAAUCGCUGGCUGGGACUCUUUGGGCUGUAAGUCCUGUGUCUGCUAUGAUGGCUCCCACAGGGAAAGCCCAGGUUGCAGCGAAAGAGCUUCUUGACUCAAUUCUGGAUGCCGUUGUCCGGAUAUUUGAAAAUCAUGUUGUUGUUGGUGAGCUUUUGGAGACGAAGUCCCAACAAGUUGACAUAAACACACCGAAGUCUGUUUCAGCAGAUGCGAAUUGGAACCCUGAUUAUGAGACAUCUCAUAUCACUGGGGGUUAUGGUGUUGGAUUUUCGUUGACGGUUCUGCAGAGUGAAUGCCAACAACUCAUCUGCGAGAUUCUGCGGGCAACUCCAGAAGCUGCAUCUGCUGAUGCUGCUGUGCAAACAGCUAGACUUGCAAGCAAGGUCCCCAAUAAAGAAAAGAGCAAGGAUGGUUCAGAAGAUGGCCUCACAUUUGCUUUCCGCUUCACAGAUGCUACUGCAUCUGUGCCUAAUCAGGGUGGUGAUCUUAUUCGCCAAGGGUGGAGUAGGAGGGGUUCAAAUAUGUUACAAGAAGGUUAUGGAUCUGCAGCUGUGUUACCUGAGCAAGGCAUAUACUUGACAGCUUCCAUAUAUCGCCCUGUUCUCUUGUUUACCGAUAAAGUUUCUUCCAUGCUACCAAAGAAGUAUUCCCAGCUUGGGAAGGAUGGAUUGCUCUCUUUUGUGGAGAACUUUGUGAAGGAUCAUUUCCUGCCAACUAUGUUUGUAGAUUACCGGAAAGGUGUCCAACAAGCUAUAUCAAGUCCUGCUGCUUUUCGGCCACGAGCACAUGCUGCUGCCACAUACACUCCGUCAAUUGAGAAGGGCCGACCAGUCUUACAAGGGCUUUUGGCAAUAGAAUUCCUUGCAAGAGAGGUGCUUGGUUGGGCUCAAGCAAUGCCAAAAUUUGCUGGUGAGCUUGUAAAGUAUGUGCAAACAUUUCUCGAGCGGACAUAUGAAAGAUGUCGCACUUCAUAUAUGGAGGCAGUUCUAGAAAAACAGAGUUAUAUGCUCAUCGGACGACAUGAUAUUGAGAAAUUGAUGCAGCUUGAUCCUGCAAGUGCAUGUUUGCCAAGUUCUUUUGGUCAGCAAAAUUUGGAAAAUAGUGCUACAGACGCUGAAUCCAUGGAGGUUGAAUUGGAACUCACUGAUUUACUGUUGAAGUUGCGACCAAUUAAGCAGGAAAAUCUUAUUCGAGAUGAUAACAAACUGAUUUUGCUGGCAUCCCUGAGUGAUUCCUUGGAAUAUGUUGCAGAUUCAAUUGAAAGGCUUGGGCAGACAACCUUCAGAUCAGUGAAUCAAGGGGAACAGGAUGGCAAGCAUAAGAGACACCAGCACUCUAGAACGAGUAGUACUCCAGGCAGGGACCUCGCAUCGUUUGCAGAGGAGUACAGAAAGCUUGCAAUCGACUGCUUGAAAGUUUUACGAGUUGAGAUGCAGCUGGAAACUGCUUUUCACAUUCAGGAAAUGAAUAGUAGGGAUUACUUAGAGGACCAAGAUGCUGAAGAGCCAGAUGAUUUUGUUAUUUCACUAACUGCACAGAUAACGCGCCGGGAUGAGGAAAUGGCCCCCUUUAUUGCGGGAACAAAAAGAAACUAUGUUUUUGGUGGAAUAUGUAGCGUGGCUGCAAAUGCUUUUCUUAAGGCUUUGUCGGAUAUGAAAUCUAUCAACCUUUUUGGGGUCCAGCAGAUAUGUCGAAAUUCAAUUGCUUUGGAGCAGGCCCUUGCAGCUAUCCCAUCAAUUGAUAGUGAAGCUGUGCAACAAAGAUUAGAUCGUGUGCGGACAUACUACGAAUUGCUAAACAUGCCAUAUGAGGCAUUGCUUGCCUUCAUCUCGGAGCACGAGCACUUGUUUUCAUCUGCAGAGUAUGCCAAUCUCUUAAAGGUCCAGGUUCCUGGAAGAGAGAUCCCUGCCGAUGCACUAGAUCGUGUAUCUGAGAUAUUGCCCCAUUAGCUUCACGGAUCGUGGUCGUGAAUAUUAUCAUGUGCUGACAGCUUCAGGAGCUCCCACUUGAGUUUUCUUACAUGGAUUGACUGGUUCUCCAAAUAGGACCGGCACAGUCUGGAAUCUACCGUUUAGGCCAAGCCCUGUUGUUGUCUUGUGGUAAAUUUGUCAUCAUUCUUCAACAUUUUUCUUAUUAUUUAUUGUGCAUAAUAUCCUUUUCCCCCCCAAAUUUGUACUCUCGUUUUUGUAUUUACUCCGUCAAUUUUGUAAGUGCAAAACUGCUAUCGGAUGUAAUGAGGGUGUAGAGAGAGUGAAUUGCAGGUUUCAGACUGAUGGUUACCAGCUUGUACAAUAUUCAGAUAUACUUGGAGAUGAAAACAUUUUGUUUGCA